UGAUGAUGCCUGGAAAGGGGGGUAAACUCGGAGCGCACGUCUCUCCUGCAGCGAACACACGAACAGCAAAAGUGAAGUGAAGAUGCUUCUUACCUUUCGAUUAACAGUUCAGCUCGUGAGCCAUUCACUUCUUCUUCUUCUUCUUCAUUUUCUUCUUCUACCAGAGCGCCAAACUCUCCCCUUUCCUGGUUUACAGGAGGAACUUGUGCAGCCGGGCUCGUCCAGCUCGGAGGAAGCAAGAGGAGGCACCAGAGAUCCGGAGCAUUGUCCCCCCUAUAGCGUAUCGGUGGAGAGCUACGCGUCGUUAUGGGUGCGCUGACAAAAGGACGUUACCUCUCCACGACGGGCCUCCUGCUCCUUGUAUAUUACACAGUCUCAGUGAUCUCCAAAGGUGCCACCGGUGAUGCUCAGCCUGAUGCACUUCCCUCAGUGCAGGGCACCUUGCCACACUUCAUCCAGGAGCCAGAGGAUGCCUACAUCGUCAAGAGCAACCCCAUUAAGCUGCACUGUCGAGCCGCACCCGCCUUACAGAUAUUCUUCAAAUGCAACGGGGAAUGGGUGCACCAGAAUGAGCACUUUUCCCAGGAGUAUAAGGACCUCAACACUGGGCUGAAGGUGCGUGAGGUGAUGAUCAAUGUGUCCCGUCAGCAGGUGGAGGAUUUCCACGGCCCUGAGGACUACUGGUGUCUCUGUGUGGCCUGGAGCCACCUGGGCACUUCCAAGAGUCGCAAGGCUACUGUUCGCAUUGCCUACCUGAGGAAAAACUUUGAGCAGGACCCCCAGGGGAAGGAGGUGCCAAUCAACGGGAUGAUCGUUCUGCACUGUCGCCCUCCUGAGGGAGUGCCUGUGGCGGAGAUGGAAUGGCUAAAAAAUGAAGAGCUGCUGAGCUCCCUGACCGAUGACAACAUUGACACCCGUGCAGACCACAACCUCAUCAUCAACGAGGCGCGACUGUCUGACUCGGGCAACUACACCUGUCUGGCCAGCAACAUUGUCGCUAAGAGACGCAGUGCCACAGCCACUGUAAUAGUCUUUGUGAACGGCGGCUGGUCCCUGUGGACAGAGUGGUCGCCCUGUAAUGUGCCAUGUGGACGGGGUGUCCAGAAGCGAUCUCGAACCUGUACUAACCCGGCGCCUCUCAACGGUGGUGCUUUCUGCGAGGGCAUGUCUGUACAGAAGAUCACCUGCAACGCACUCUGCCCAAUUGAUGGAAGCUGGGAUGAGUGGAGCGAAUGGACCCUAUGCAGCAGCCAGUGCGAGAAGCAGCGGAGUAGGGAAUGCAACUCACCAGCACCCAGACACCGCGGGAAGAUGUGCGAAGGAAACAGCGAGGCCACUGAGAACUGCACAGAUGGACUGUGUACCCAGAAUCGAAAGCUGCUACAUGAUGUUAAGCCUCAAAGUAUGGACAGCUCGAAUGAUGUACCCCUGUACUCUGGCCUGGGAGCCGGCAUCAUUGCCGUGGUAAUCCUCGUAAUAGCCAUCAUGCUGUACAGGAAGAACCACAGCGAGUACGGUGAGGAUGUCAUUGACUCCUCUGCGCUCACUGGGGGUUUCCAGUCUUUCAACUUCAAGACCACCAGACAAGGCAACCCCCUACUUCUCAACUCCUCGAUGCAGCCUGACUUAACAGUGGGACGGACAUACAGCACGCCCCUCUGCUUCCAGGACAGCACAGACAAAGAUCUAUUUGACCCCCUGCCAGACAUCAAGGUCAAAGUUCAGAGCUCCUUUAUGGUUUCACUAGGUGUGGCCGAGCGGGCAGAGUUCCACGCCAAAGCCUCCGCCGAGACCUUCCCGCGGGAUCUGAGCCGGGACUACAGCAUUACCGUGGAUAGAUGCAAGCAGGGCCUGCUCACCCUCAAUGGGCCCUACAGCACUGGAAAAGAUCAGCUGAGGACCAACGGCGUGUUCGGCCACCCCGGAGGACGCCUGGUGGUGCCAAACACCGGGGUCAGCCUGCUGGUGCCUCAUGGAGCCGUGGCUGAAAAUAUGUCCUGGGAGAUGUACAUGGUGAUCAAUCAGGGAGAGGCAAGUGUCCAAACACUGGAAGGAUGUGAAAUCCUCCUGGGUCCAGAGGUGAUGUAUGCUCCUCCGGGCCUGGACCUCUCCUGCCCAGUGGCCAUGACCAUCGCUCACUGCGCUGAGGUGGACACUGAGAACUGGAACAUCCAGCUCAAGAGGAAAACACAGGACAGCAAAUGGGAGGAAGUGAUGUCAGUGGAGGAGGAGUCCACUUCCUGUUACUGUCUGAUGGACUCAACAAGCUGCCAUCUGCUUCUGGACCAGCCGGGCUCGUACGCCCUGGUGGGCGAGCCCCUUACGCAGGCCGCCGUCAAGAGACUGAAGCUGGCUGUGUUUGGGGGCAUGGAGGCCGGCUCCAUGAGCUACAGCCUGCGGGUGUACUGUGUGGAUGACACACCACACGCCUUUCAGGGAGUGGUGGCUGCAGAGAAGACCGGAGGUGGUCAGCUCCUCGAGGAGCCAAAGAUGUUGCCUUUCCAAGCGAACACCUUCAGCCUCCAGGUGUCCAUCCAAGAUGUUCCCCAGUUCCUGUGGAAUAUCAAACCCUUUACCACAUGUCAGGAGUUUUCCUUCCCCCAAGUGUGGUGCAGCAACCAGCAGCCCCUGCACUGUGCCUUCUCUCUGGAGAGAUACAGCCCUGCCACCACCCAGCUCUCCUGCAAAAUCAGCGUGCGCCAGGUCAAAGGCCAAGAGCAGAUUCUGCAGGUCUACACAGCUGUGGCCGAGACUGAAAAGGAGUCAGUUCCAUUUUUUAUGCAGACAGACUGCACCAUCACGUCCCAGACGGGGCCCAAGGCCUUUAAAAUCCCUGUGUCCAUUCGCCAGAGGAUCUGUGCCACCUUUGACACUACCAACGCCAAGGGCAAGGACUGGCAACUCCUAGCCCAGAAGCUCCACUUAGAUCGAAACCUGGGUUAUUUUGCAAAGCAGCGGAGUCCGUCGGCAGUCAUACUGAGCCUGUGGGAGGCUCGCCACCAGGACACUGCUGACCUUGACUCUCUAGCCAGCGCCCUCGAGGAGAUUGGCAAGAUACACUCCAAAAGCUCCCCCAAGGACCAGGAUGAGCCGGAUUCUGACUUCGCAUACAAGCGGGCAGUGUGUGUGGAACGGGCAAAGUAACAAAUCAGACAACAGAGGACUCUGCUCCUGACUAUACAGGCUGAAAGAAAAGAGAGUGAGUGAAAACUGACAAACUAAGGCAUAUAUCUGUGUGUGCACACAGCCAGUGACGGACAACACACACUGUGGCGGUUUGCUGGAAGGUCAUGAGGUUGUGAGUAGACAGUGCGAGCAGGCAACAUGCCAACCAGUUUCAACAGAUGGAGGUGAGCCGGUACCUGCUGUGGAUCCACCCCUCUCUUUUAAGAAUCUGUCUGAGGAUGGACUAUAAAUCGUUUUCUGCCUCUCCACUCACAUCACAUCUUAAGUUAAUUUUUAAUGUCUUUGUUGUUUUAAGUUAAAAGAGGGUGAGUGGGGUAUUUCCUGAACUCUUGUGCACAUUAUUUUCUGAAUUUGUGUUAAAAGAGAUGGGAGCUCCUUUUUUUUCAUACUGUCUCCCCUUCUUUUCCCCAUGGGAGCUGGACGUAUUUGCAUAGAAGUUAUUCUAUGCAAAUAGGGUGAUACAACUGUGGUGACAUUUUAGAGACACCUCAUCUAAUUUCAUCUAAUUUUUUCCCCACACCACAUCCUUGUGUCAAUGAAUGAUUGAGGACUUAGAAGUUACUUUUUUGACGUGAUAUUAUAUUUUUCAAGAAGGCUUAAAUGUUGUGAUUGUGAACUUUCAAAGCCAAGUAUCUUGAAAUUCUCCCAUUUUCAUCUCUUAACAUUUAAAAAAAAAAAAAAAAAAAAAGUCUAUAGGAAGUUUAGCACCAGUAUUGUAUCAUUUAUACAAAAGUUGCAAAGAAACUCCCGCACACUGUCUAACUUGCAAAAAUGUAUUUAAUAGCUGGCAGCGUUUCGGUACUAGACCUUCCUCAGGCAAAAUGUUUUUUUUAUUCUUUGCCGGUCAGAGUGCAACCAUGUAAAAAAACAUGGUUGUGGUGUAAUGUGGCAGAGUGAGAUUUGAAACCGUUGCACAGGAAGCUGUAAAACAUAAUUUCCUGGCACGGCCUGGAGCGAAUCGUUGCGGCUUAUCAUCCAAUUCCCACCAUUAAUACCCGUCACACAGACCUCAUAUCAUUCCCUGACACACCCGACUGCCCCCACCACUACCUAACCCCAAAAAAACACAUGCAAACACAAACAUUGACAUUUCAUGGCUACAGAGGUCAUGUGCACAUGGACUGGGAGUUUGCAUAUAACAAAAAAAGGAAUACUGAUGGUGUCAGUGUCAUGAUACAAUAUGCAGUUGCAUAUCUGUUCAAAUCCUACUAAACACAUACCAUACUGAGAAAAAGAUAAGGAAAAGGAUGUUCUGGGCAAAAUCCCAAAAAAUAAUGGUAGAUUUGCUGCCCUAUAUUACUGUUUGACCUUUCAAGUUGAAUCAUUAUAAAUGAAGAGGCCACCAAGAUAAACAAAAUCAGAAAAUCAUUAAACCACUUAACUUUGAAAUGUAACACACUCCCUAAUUUUGUUGGAUGGAUGGAUGGAUGGAUGGAUGGAUGGAUGGAUGAACCAGUCAGAGCUUGUGCCAGAGCCAGUGUUUUAAAGACACUCACAAUAAUUUGUGGAACUAAAAACUGAUGAAAUUAUAUACCAGUUAAAUAAAUACAUGAAAACCUAUAAUUCACAUUUGUAUGAAUCAUUGUGAAAUGAAAAUAUACUCUGCUUUCAUGCUGCAGAGGUUUACACACUGCAUCCAUGUUGUGAAAUAAGGCCAACUAAAUUACACAAGAACACAUCUCACUGUGUUAGCACAGUGUUGUCUGCCUCUGAGAUUUCUGACUCUACCUUAGGUGAAUGGAAUGUCAUUUGUGGGGCUCACAGUAUUGUAAGAUUACAUUUAACAACAUUAACAACAACAUAUCAUUCCAGAAACAAUGUCCUGGUUACGCUUGAAAAUUCACAGAACACACUGUGUUCAUACGGACUAUUUCUUAGGUAGAAAACAGCCCCACAAUUGAAAUUUCAUUCAUCUCCAUUGUACUCGGGUGGAGGCGGAAAUAUCCGGGGCAGAUAUCUGAUCGCAUGGACAAAUAAAAAAAGUAUAUUAAGAGUAUAAGUAUAUUCUGGUUGUCUAAUGUGGUAGGCUAAAUGACAGACUCACUAAUUUAUACAAUGCUUUGCACAGACAGGUGUGGAGUUGAAGAGACAGGUUAUAAUUGUUCACUGAGUGACAGCAGGAGGGAAAAUAAGAUUGAAGUUUCUGAAUUCUAUACAUACACUGAGUCACACAGCUGCACUUUUGUCUGAAGUGUUUGCUUCAUGGAGGCUAGCCUCAUUUGUGACCCCAGCACUCCAUAUUUUUCUCUGUGAUUCCAUCACACAACAUUGCACACAUUUUGUAUGUGUCUCCAUACAACACAGACUCCAUUUAGCUGCUGCUUCUACUUGCUAUAAGCCAGCACAGCAGACUAAACGUACGUCCAGAGAAGAAGAGCAACAAAACGGAAGGACACAGGUGGUUAUAAUGGAUUUAAACGUUGGUUUUGCCACAACAAAACAUUUUGUCAUUUCAGGCAGACUGUAGACAUCAAGAAGACAAUAUAACUGGAUGCUGGAUAACAGGUAUAAAAUGUUAGUUAGUGACAAGGCUGUGACAAGCAAACAUACAGAGUGUUGAGGAAACAAAUUGGGUUACAUGUACGUGUCUGUGUUAGUACAGUACGACUUGGAGCCAAGUAGAGCACUUUUUUAAAUGAAAGUAUACUUAAGCAUUUGGUGUAAGACACCUUAAAGGUUGGCUACUUUUUGGUCUUGUGAAUCAUUAUUAAAACAAAAAAAAAAAUAAACUAAUUUUGACUGGUAGACCAAGCCAUAAUGCCAUUUUAUUGACCUAUUGUUUCACUUGGACUCCUCCUUAAGUAAAGAUAAGAAAAACAUGCCACCCCCUGGUUUGUUUGGUAGAGCAAUGACUCAUACAGCUUCAUUCACUCAUCAUCAAGGGGAGUUUAAAAAAAAAAAUAACCAUCAGUGAACCUUGUGGUUUGAGUCUUAUGACCUUUCUCACCAGUUACUAAAUUCAGGAAAUAAGCUUACUAAUCACAGUAGCAGUAACCAUGUAAAACAGAGGAAAGUGGUACAAAUGAAAAAUUUAAAGCAUAUGCUUGGAGCUGCAUUUUCCCUUGAACGAACUAGUUGAUUUUGUUGUGGCACCCAGUUGAGUCAAUCUUUGCUUUUACCCAGUCCUUAGUCUAUAGUGCCCACAAAUCCCACAUGAAUAUGUCCCUCAUCAGGAACAACGUGUUCUCAUGAACAGGUAGGUAUAAUAACGUUAAGAAAAUGCAUGUACAAUAAUUGGUAUGAUAUCCUACUAAAAUUACGUUUCAAUUCAAUUUUAUUUGUAGUGUCAAAACAUAAAUUUUAAAGUUAUUCUUAAAUGUGGAGACUGUCUGCUCUGGCUCCCAUUAGACUUUUAGAGACACUGGGAACCACAAGUUACUCUGCAUUCUGGAAGCACAGUGUUCUAGUGGGGCAAUAGGGUACUAUGAGCUCUUAGACAAAGUAUGAUGGUGCCUGACCAUAAAGAGCUUUGUAGGUCAGGAGAAGGAUUUUAAAUUAAAUUCUGGAUUUUACAGGAAGCCAAUA